AUGAACCGCAAAGAAUACGGUCAGGAGACUACGAAUCUAGUCCAAAGCAGAACGAGUUUUUUAAUUGAAGACAUCUUGUAUCGGCAGAAACAAGCCGAACAUCCAGAGAGUGAAAAUGCGUAUUCAAACUACGCUCCAAAAGCGCGACCUCUGGAACAUUCUUCACGAGCAUUUCAUGCACCAUCGAAAAUCCAUGAACUGAACAGGAAAAGUGAAGAACCCGGUUUAUAUUCGAAUAACUCUAAUAAUAAAGAGUUUGUGGCUCCGCAUGGAUAUUUCCAGACGAAUUUGGUUCAAGGAGGAACAGUGCCAGGUUUUCAAGUGCCUGAAAGUGGUUACAUUCAAGUCAUGGGCGCUUUAGGUGCUUACUUAGGAACACCGUAUAAGAAUAUGGGAGAUCCAUAUUUUUUAACGCAAGGUAUACCAUUUCAUCACACUCUCUUUGGUAGUUCUGCAAGUGAAAUAUCUCUAAAUGCCCUGAAGCAUUGUAGGAGAAGAAAAGCCAGAACAGUGUUUAGUGAUCCACAACUGACAGGAUUAGAAAAACGUUUUUCGGCCCAACGCUACCUCUCAACGCCGGAACGAGUAGAAUUAGCAAACGCCUUAAGCCUGAGUGAGACACAAGUGAAAACGUGGUUUCAAAAUCGACGAAUGAAGCACAAAAAACAAAUGAGAAAAAUGCAAGAAGAGAAAAACAGUGGAGUUGGGAAGAAAUUGGACAUUGGAGAUAAAAGCCGAACGAGUUCCGGCGAUCAUACUUCAUCAGCGUUUUUAUCUUCUUCUACCAUCCCAUCAGAACAUCCACAAAGUAGUUCCGAGAGCAAUUCGGACGUCAGCGAUUGCGACAGCGACAUCGAUAUUGUCGGCGACACGAGUAAACACAUGGUAUAUAGUUUCAAAGACACAUAAAAUCAGUACUUUCACUCGAAACUUUAUGGUUGAUACAGUUGAAUUAAACUUACUGUUUCUCAGUAGAAACGGCAAUACUAGAUGUGAUUCUUUCGCAUAUGAAAUGAAGAGGACAAUUAAAUAACGGUCUCAAAACCAUAGAUUUAAGGAAAAAUGGCACGUGGGCGCACACAUUAUGGUCUAUAUGCCAUUAGUAAAUUCUUUCAACAAAAGAUUAAAAUGAGUUACGAAUUCGUCAUCCUUUGUACUUCUUCAUAUAUGUAUAAAAUCAGCAGGCUUUUUCAUCUCUAUUAGAUUUUCAACGUUUCCAAAGAAUUACAAACAUUACCGUAGAUAAAUUAUCAUCUCCAUUUGAUAGUUUAGAAAACCGUAUUGCAAUUUCUUCAAAGCACUAAAUUUUGAAGUUUGUUCUCACCUGGUACGUGUUGUUCGUUGAGUCACGUAUGCUUUACCACUGUUUUUCUUUCCUUUUUCCCAUUUCGCAAUCUUCCUUCAUCUUUUUGAGACUUCAGCACCUUUGUGUAAAAUGAGGAAACAGAAGACUAAAGCACAUUAAUAACAGAAUGAUUAUAGACAUGGGCAGGGGACGUAGACUAUAUUUUACGUUUUUACACAUUGGUAUUGAACUUUUUUCAUCUCUAGACCGUUAUUUAUUUAUACUCUCAAUAUUACUGAUUUGAUUUCAAUGAUCACUUCUCAGCUUGAUGUAAAAAGUUAUAACUGUGUCGGUAAUGCCCGAACUUUUUUUAACUUACAAGUCAUAUUCUGAAGGUUUGAUUCUUGCCCCAAAUAUUUACCAACCAAAUUAUCCAGUUCGGGUUAUCUGAAAGAGUGUCGUGAGUACAUCAGUAUCACAAACAUGUAAAAUGUGUACAUUGUAUAUAUAAUUGUAUAUAUUUGUUGUUGCUUAAUGUAUUUAAAAAAUAGUUGUGUAGCAGAAGAUCGUGCAAAGGAUGUAAUUCCUAAGGGAGCGCACAUUGCAGUUGCAGUUGUGUUCUGAUUAAUAAUGGAUCAAUGUUCUAAGCGUUCUGAACGUUAUUCAGUGGAAAGUCGAAACUUUUAAAAGUAUAUACAGGGUGUGUCUUGAGGACCUGUAUCGAUGAUAUUUCAGAACCCAAUCAAUAAAACUUGCUGAUUGUUGGUAAUUCUUUUAUAUUGUUACAACUUUGGAUGUGUCUUAAAAUAAAAAAAGGAUAUAAAGACCGUAGUUUUAAAGAAACGACCGAAUUGCAAAUUUUCACGUAAUUUAAAAAUAUACCUAAAAACCCUUUGCGUAGUUUUUGAAAAAUGGUGUCCAUUGGUCAUAAUGCACAUAUAAAUAUAUUGAUUCUAUUUACUGGGUGCAUGUAAAAGGUUCCGGCAUAUUGUUAUAAAAGAUUGCUUAAUCUGAAAAUCGUCUAAUUAAAAAAUACAUUUUUUUGCUGAAAAAGCAAAUAUUACUUGAAUGUAGUGUUUUAUCUAUGGGGAAUGUUGUAUAAAAAGCAUGUUAUAGAUUUGUCGAUUGCUUUGGGCAUAAGUUACAUCCGUCUCUAAUUGUUAAAUGAAUCAUUGAUAUAUAACAGUGGGUAAAUUUGUGAACUUUGAACUUGUAAAAACUAACAAAUAUCCCACUAAAACCGAUUUAAAAAGGGGCAUUUUAAUCUACUUUCUUGCAUUCAUUAAUACACACUUUACACCAUCUUUGAUAAAAGUUUGACUUAAACUCGCGAAUUGUUUUAAUAUAUAGAUUAUUUGAUUAAGUAACUCUAACUUGAUUUUAUGUCUUUGGAAAACAAACAAACUGUUUUGUUAACUGAUUUCUGAAUUAUUUAUUGAUGCGGUUUCUGGAGAUACCUCGUAUAGAUUUUAAAAUUCAAAGAUUAUCAUACAUAUCCUCCAGGUAAAUGAGAGAACAAAGGGUAAAACAAUUCCGCUAAUGUGGAUAGAUGUAAAGCAAAAGUAAAACGUUCAUAUAUAAUGUUUUCAUGUUGUAUCACAGACAAAAAUGUUAGCGCUCAGAAAUCAGAGCCAUUUUAGAGAAAUUUAGGAGAUAUAUUUUUCCAAAUGUACGAGUAUAUGAUAUGUUUUCUUUAAGCUAGCCAACGCACGUGCAAUUUUAGAUUAACAAGUGUAUAUACGAAAGUCAGUGUUUUGUGUGCAAAACUCGAAGAAAAAUAUGUUUUUAUGUACCAUUUUAGGGCGUAACUAAUAGUAGUAGGUUAAUAAUUUAAGCGCGUAAUAAAAUAUUUCAUUUACCGUUUAAUUAAACCAAAAAUAAGUUUUCCCUUCCAGGCAAUAGUGCUACUGUUACUAGGCCAAUUUAUAUUCCCAGAAUUUCCUAGUA